CUGAAUAUGUUCAUCAUUGCAACCUCGUAACAUGGUGUUGCUUUCAGGCAACGGCGCUGGCCUUGACACCUUCGAGCCCGAGGACAUCACCAGAUUCUGCCACUUUACACCGCUCUGAUAACCUCCUCCGCUCCGUAGCUAAAUUUACUUGCGACAAUGCUUUGAUUAACAACCCGACUUUGCGACUGAAGUAUUGGCAAACGAGACAGGAGUUGUACUGCAAUCUGAGGGCUGCUCAUCUGAUCAGCAAAAUCUGUGUUGACUCCUCGCACAAUCCUCGUCCAACGCGCAACGCGCCUUUGAGCGCCACCCAUUCGAACUUCUCCCAUACGAUUGCAGAAGCAAUCACUUCUACAUUUGAAAAUGCCAAAAUUCUUCUGUGACUACUGCGAUGUAUAUCUCACGCACGACUCGAUGAGCGUGCGUAAGGCUCACAAUUCGGGUCGAAAUCAUUUGAGAAACGUGGUGGAAUACUAUCAACAGAUCGGACAGGAAAAGGCACAAUCCGUCAUUGACUCGAUCACGUCUUCAUAUGCCGCUGAGGGCCAAGCUGUUCCCAACCCUGCAAUGGCUCCCCCGGGCGCUUUUCCCCCACCGUUCGGAUUCCCUGGUCGCCCCGGUCAACUCCCACCUCCUCCGUUCGGCAUUCCUCCCCCCGGAGGGGCCAAUGGAGUUCCCCCAGGCAUGCCCAUUCCACCACCCGGCGGUAGAGGCCUCCCCUUCCCACCUCCCUUCCCCCAGCACCAGGCGGCGCCCCAGGAGGUUUUCCCCCUCCGCCUCUCGGCAACAUGCCCCCGGUCAAGGCUUUCCCCCGUCCCGCCACCAGGCGGCUUCCCGCCUAAUUUCCAGAUUCCUCCUCCUGGCGCUGGGGAUUCCCUCCUGUGCCUCCUCCCGGCCAGCCCGGUUUCAGCCCGAGCCCGGGGCCCGCGUGGUUUAACAGGAUGUUAUACGAAUGCAUUUAGUGGCAAUGAUUAA